AUGGAUAGUUUUGAUUACGAAACGUUUAUAAGUUUAGUGGAGGACAGAGAAGUGUUAUGGGACAAAACUUUGGAAAUAUAUAAAGACAAGCGUAAAAGUUUAAAAGCUUGGUUUGAGAUCUGCCAUAUAAUGAAUGAGAACUUUGCAGACCUACCCGAUACGGAGAAAAAUAAAUACGGUAAACUAAUAUCUCAGAAAUGGAAGAAUAUAAGGGAUGCGUGGAUGAAAUGCGACAAAAAGAUACGUGAAUCGAAAUCUGGAUCAGGUGCAAAACAAGUACAUAAAUAUCAAUAUUAUGAUAAUUUACAAUUUUUGAAAAAAAUUACCCCACAGCCAACCCAAUCUGGAUCAAACAUGCCGGAAGAAAACAAAUCUGAAGUUACUAAUGUCAACAAAAGAAAGAAAAACGAAGAAUUAAAUCCUGUAGAUAAGAAAAUGAUUAAGUUUAUGGAAACGUUAGAAAAAGAUGACGAUAGUAGAAUGAUGUCUUUUUUUAAAGGUAUAGCUCCUACCGUGGAACGCUUCAAAGACGAAGAUAUUGUUGAAUUCCAGUACCAAGUAUUGAAUAUUAUAAGAAAUAUCUAA